CUUUCUUUCUCAAACAAAGAUGAUUCUGGCAGAGGGACAAUACAUCUCGCAAUAUAAUUAGCAAAAAGAAUUAAAAGACAAAACUUUUAGACUUUAGUAAUUCCCUUGCUUGCUAAGCAAAGCUGUAUGAAGCACGAGUUUCAAUCUCUCUCUCUCUCUCUCUCUCUCUCUCUCUCUCUCUAUAUAUAUAUAUAUGUAUGUAUGUACGUAUGUAUGUAUGUAUGUCGCGCUGCUCGCGCACACAAUAAAGGGUAGCAGGAGCUGUCUUCCAUGGAGUUGGGACACUCUUAAGCCGCUUUCAUUACUUAAAUCACUUCUUCACUCCCUAAGUUAUUCUGUCGCCCUUAUUGCUUCUUGGCUUCCGCGAACUGGGCAAGCGCGGAGCUUAUCUCUUGGCUUCGUGGGUGCUUCUUGGUUCGGUUAAUACACUUGUUCCUGCCCAUUUGGUUGGCUUUGGGCUGUUUUCGUUAUGGGUUUUGAAACUCCCUUUAUGGGUUUCCUUCAGAAAUUGUAGUUCCCAAAGGUUUGGCAUCCCAAUAGGAAAAUGCACAUUUCCUUGUGGAAACUUCUUUAAUGGUUGUUUAGGGUUUGAUAAGUGGGUUUUGGAUUUGGGGAAUUAUAAGUCAAUCUAGUAAUUGACCACUGGAGGAGUUUUCUUGCUCAAUGCUCAGUACUAUUUAGAAGUUUGUGAUUGCUGUUCGUAUAAUGGAGUCUUGGAGCUAUGUUUCUCAAGGCAAAGGUUUUGUGUCUGAUGAAUCUGUUUCUGCUUCAGAUUUAACUGGAAGAGGGAAAAAUGGAUUGAUGGAUUGGGAAUUGAAAGGCCCAAGUUGUUAUGGGAGUAGUGUAGUGGGUUUCCGGGAAAAGAUGGGAAAAUCUUGGACCGUGAAUGACUCUGUUAAAGAUAUUUCAAGUUCUAGAAUUCUUGGUGAAAGAAUGACUACUCCAAUUACAUCCACUAUGAAUACGUUUUCAGGGGAGGAGGAGUCGAGUUCAAAGUUUUCAAGCUCGGUGGUGGAAUCCAACAGCCGGGAUACAUCACUCAUUGAUUUGAAGCUGGGGAGGUAUGCUGAUCAAAGAGAAUCUCAGAAUUUGAAAUCCUCCAAGGCGGCACCCGUGUUGUCUUCAGCAGAGUCAUCUGCCCCAGCUAAGAGGGUUCGGGCCGGGUUGAGUUCUCAGUCUCCCUUUUGCCAAGUUCAUGGGUGUAGGAAAGAUCUGAGCUCCUCAAAGGACUACCACAAGAGACACAAAGUUUGUGAGGUUCACUCCAAGACUCCCAAAGUCAUCGUGAAUGGUAUUGAGCAAAGGUUUUGUCAGCAGUGUAGCAGGUUUCAUUUGCUGUCUGAAUUUGAUGAUGAUAAACGCAGUUGUCGGAAACGCCUUGCAGGCCAUAAUGAGCGGCGAAGGAAACCUCAUGUUGGAAAUCACUCUGGCAGAAGUGGGAGGUUAUUUCAGUCAUUUAUUGGUUCUGCAGGUGGCAGAUUUCAGGGGAGUACUUUAACAACAUCUUCUUUUGUUUGCCAAAAUAUACUCCCUAACAACCUUCUGCACCCACAGAAAUAUGACAUGAAUGACUGGAGCAGGAACAUUAAAUUUCAAGAUGGAGCCAAUUAUUGUCCUCAAUCAGCAGUUCCCAUCACAAAUGGAAAUGUGCAUCCAAAAUUGCUGUUUCCUCACAGUUUUGAGAAACAUUGUCCUCCUUUCCAUGGAAAUGGACUUGAUUCAGCAUCAGAAAAAGGUUUUACCGAGAACAUUGCCCAAAACCAACAUGAUAUGGGGGCCUUAAAUUCUGUCACAGGUUCUUUGAUAUACAAUUCCUCUAUUGGAAGUGAAGAUUACAUUCAUUUUGACUUGGCAUCUACUGUUCAAGGCCCAUCAGGGAUGUCGGCCUCAAGUCAUGCUCUCUCUCUUCUGUCAUCUCAGUCACUGAAUUCUUCAAACCAUUCAUCAGGAAUUCCAGUGGCUCAACCCAUGAUUGUAUCUGGCACACAUGGUAAUUACAAUGUUAGUAUCAUCUCUGAAAAGCCCUUGAAAGUGACCCCACAGGGUUCCACCAGCGGAUUGCCACAUAAGUUCAAUUCCACUGGCAUGAAUUCUGCGGAGGAUCAUCACUUUGGUCCCACACUAAUUCCAAAUGACAGUUAUGCUUUCAACUUCACUGAUGGAAUUUUCCAAGGGUCAGAAUAUAUGAAUAGCAAGGAUCAACUUUCUUAUGACGAAGUACAUACCAUUGAUUUGCUUCAACUGUCAUCUCAACUUCAGAGGGUGGAGCAUCAAAGGCAAUCUAUACAGGUGAAACAGGAAAAGGAUAAUCUCUGUGGCCUCAAGAUCAUUUGAAUGGUUCUGGAAUAAGGGCAGCUCAGGAAAAGUAUCGCGCAACCUAAGAAUACGAGUGAAGCCUUCUCGGGGACAACCAGUGCAGGAAAGGGAAGCAAUUAUGGGGCUGUGGCAUUCAUUCUGUGUUUAUUUAUGCUGUUAGCGAUAUAAUCUACUGUAUUACUCUCCCUGGUGUUCCAGGAACUUGCUCCUCUUCUUAGCAUGAGUUGCUAUUCAUGUGUACUUGUGCAUAAAUUUGCUGUUUCACUUUAACUAAAUUUAUCUUAUUCCUGCAUCAAAGCUCUCAUCUGAAUUUAAGGUUUCGGUUUAGGGACUGGGCAUGUAACACUAAUUAGCAUAAACCAUCUUGCAAGAGUUCUCGA